GGGAGGGUUUUGUGAGAAAGCAGCUUAUCUCAGCUCAGAUGCAGGUAUAAAACACAGCGUUCAUCUCGAGAGUCAGUGUGGAUUUACAUGAACCUGCAUCUUCAUCAUCAUCAUCUUCUUCUUCAGUCUGAGCUCGUCUGAUCAACAUGGGUGUCGCGUACAGCGUGGGAGAAGUCGAUCAUCUGUACACGUUCUUCGUCCAGUGGUCUCCAGAGACCAUCUACAGCAAACACAGCAGCAAGCCGGACUUCCUCAGGGUCCAUCCGGAAGCGCUCGACGUGAUCGACUCUUUACUCAGCAAUACUGCCUCCAAAAAAUGGGAGAUCGUUACUGUGAAGCAACAGAACAAGCGAUCCUCAACUAAAACAAAUCUAGAACAACUGAUGAAUCACAUCCCGGCGCGGACGCAGGGUUACUCUUGGAAGCUGGUGUACAGCACCGCGGAGCACGGCACCAGCCUGACCACACUAUACCGACAGAUGAGAGAGUUAGACAGACCCGUCCUGAUGGUCAUCAAAAAUACUGAUCUGAUAAAACAAUCUGUUGUUCUGAAUCCUCAGGUUUUUGGAGCGUUUUCCUCCGAUCCGUUCAAAGUCAGCAGCUACUGCUACGGGACGGGAGAGACGUUCCUCUACAGCUUCAGUCCAGAGUUUCAGAUCUUCCGCUGGAGUGGAGAAAACUCCUACUUUGUGAGAGGAUUCCUGGACUCUCUGCAGAUGGGAGGAGGAGGGGGUCCGUUCGGCUUGUGGCUGGAUUCAGAUCUGUAUCGCGGCUCCAGUUACUCCUGCAACACCUUCUGCAACCGUCCUCUCAGCCUCCAUCACGACUUCACCAUCCGGGAUCUGGAGGUGUGGAGCUUCGUCUGAGCGCAAACCGGUUCCUGCCGUUAACACCGCUGAGAAGAACAACACCAAACUGCCACGACUCGUCUGUUCACUGAUCUCUUCCUCAUUCGAGAGCCGCUUCAGAGCUUCUGCCAAAUCAAGAGGAAGAGUAAGUGUAAAGACAAGUUGAGGCAGGAUUUGGGGCUUUAGUUCCCGUUUCCAGUAACUGUAAGCAUUCCAGUGGCCUGAUGGAACCUGAACACAUUGCUCACGCCCCGAGGAUCAAGCAUGCUGCCUACAUAGGCGACAUUGCACACUAGAUUUGACACAAGCCCUUGAGUACUACUGACGCUCCCGGUUUAGUGUCUUUACUGUGUUUUAAAUUGCACUUAGAGGACGAAUGUUCUACUGAUUUUGGAUUUGAAAGUAAAAACGGUUUGCUGUGUGAUAGUGAUUGUACUACUACUGAUUGUUUUUUACUCUAUUUAAUAUCUGUGAUCACAUGUUGAAUUGUUUUGGGGUUUUGUGUUUGUCAUGCAGUGCUGGCGCUGUGUUUCAGGGUUUGGGGUUUCUAAUAAAACACCUUGUUUUUCAUUAAA